AUGUUCUGCACGAAGCUGAAGGACCUCAAGAUCACAGGGGAGUGUCCUUUCUCCUUAUUGGCACAAGGUCAGGUUCCUAAAGAGCCAGCAGAGGAGGUAGCAGGAGGCUCAGAAGCAACUCUUCCCAUCUGUCAGGACAUUCCUGAAAAGAACAUAAAAGCAAAUCUUCCUCAAAGAAAGACCAGUCGGAGCCGAGUCUAUCUUCACACUUUGGCAGAGAGUAUUUGCAAACUGAUUUUCCCAGAGUUUGAACGGUUGAACCUUGCACUUCAGAGAACAUUGGCAAAGCAUAAAAUAAAAGAAAACAGGAAAUCUUUGGAAAGAGAAGACUUCGAAAAAAUAAUUGCAGACUACGCAAUUGCAGCAGGAGUUCCAGUGGAGAUCAUCAAGCAAUCUCUCGGUGAAGAGCUUUUUACAAUAUGUUACGAGGAAGACGAACACAUCCUCGGCGUGGUUGGAGGCACCCUUAAAGAUUUUUUAAAUAGCUUCAGUACCCUUCUGAAACAGAGCAGCCAUUGCCAAGAAGCAGAAAAGAGGGGCAGGCUUGAGGACGCCUCCAUUCUAUGUCUGGAUAAAGAUCACGAUUUCUUAAAUGUUUACUAUUUCUUCCCUAAGAGAACCACGUCCCUGGUUCUUCCUGGCAUCAUUAAGGCAGCUGCUCACAUAUUGUACGAAACCGAAGUGGAAGUGUCAUUAAUGCCACCCUGCUUCCGUAAUGAUUGCAGCGAGUUUGUUAAUCAGCCCUAUUUGUUAUACUCUGUUCACGUGACAAGCACCAGGCCAUCCCUGUCCCCCGGCAAACCCCAGUCCUCGCUGGUCAUCCCUGCAUCUCUCUUCUGUAAGACAUUUCCAUUCCACUUCAUGUUUGACAAAGAUAUGACGGUUCUGCAGUUUGGCAAUGGCAUUAGAAGGCUGAUGAACAGGAGAGACUCUCAAGGAAAGCCUAAUUUUGAAGAGUACUUUGAAAUUCUGACUCCAAAAAUCAAACAGACGUUUAGUGGGAUCCUGACUACGCUGAAUAUGCAGUUCGUUGUGCGAGUAAGGAGGUGGGACAACUCUGUGAAGAAAUCUUCAAGGGUUAUGGAUCUCAAAGGCCAAAUGAUCUACAUUGUUGAAUCCAGUGCGAUCUUGUUCUUGGGAUCACCCUGUGUGGACAGAUUGGAAGAUUUUACAGGACGAGGGCUCUACCUGUCCGACAUCCCAAUUCACAAUGCCCUGAGGGAUGUGGUCUUGAUAGGAGAACAAGCCCGAGCUCAAGAUGGCCUGAAGAAGCGGCUGGGGAAGCUGAAGGCCACCCUUGAGCAAGCCCACCAAGCCCUGGAGGAGGAGAAGAAAAAGACAGUAGAUCUUCUGUGCUCUAUAUUUCCCAGCGAGGUUGCUCAGCAGCUGUGGCAAGGGCAAGUCGUGCAAGCCAAGAAGUUUAGUAAUGUCACCAUGCUUUUCUCAGACAUUGUGGGGUUCACUGCCAUCUGCUCCCAGUGCUCGCCACUGCAGGUCAUCACCAUGCUCAAUGCACUGUACACUCGCUUUGACCAGCAGUGUGGAGAGCUGGAUGUCUACAAGGUGGAGACUAUUGGAGAUGCAUAUUGUGUGGCUGGGGGACUGCACAAAGAGAGUGAUACCCAUGCUGUUCAAAUAGCACUGAUGGCCCUGAAGAUGAUGGAGCUCUCUGAUGAAGUCAUGUCUCCCCAUGGAGAACCUAUCAAGAUGCGAAUUGGACUUCAUUCUGGAUCAGUUUUUGCUGGAGUUGUUGGAGUUAAAAUGCCCCGUUACUGUCUUUUUGGAAAUAAUGUCACUCUGGCUAACAAAUUUGAGUCCUGCAGUGUACCACGGAAAAUCAAUGUCAGUCCAACAACUUACAGAUUACUGAAAGACUGCCCUGGUUUUGUGUUUACCCCUCGAUCAAGGGAGGAACUUCCACCUAACUUCCCCAGUGAAAUUCCUGGAAUCUGUCACUUUCUGGAUGCUUAUCAACAAGGAACAACCUCAAAACCAUGGUUCCAAAAGAAAGAUGUUGAAGAUAGCAAUGCCAACUUUUUAGGCAAAGCAUCAGGAAUAGAUUAG